UUUAAAGUUUUUGGAGGGAAAAUGGACCAGUUAUUCUUUGGUUAUGAAAGAAAAAGACUAGUAUACUUUACAUGUCGUUGCAGGAUUGAGCCAAGCACAGUUGGAACUUUCGCCAGCACAAGUAGUCCUUAACGAGUGGGAAAACCUGACUGAAAUGACAAACAAGAAGGAAAUGAACAAGCAGAUCACGAUGCUGGUCUACUGGAUCAAGGACGAAAGUGGAGAAUCCCUAGUGUUCCAGCUGAAGCAGACCAAGUCAGGGAAAGAGGUACUCAAGUUUGGAAUGGAGCAGGUUCUCAAGUUAAUCAGCCAAGACAUUGAAAAACAGAGAGUCACAUUCUUUAUAAUGAGCGAGGAUAGUGUACCGAAGAAGGGACAGAGGCUCCCAAAGGAUAUCAUGCAACGAUGUCUUAAGCUUUUUAUGAGCGAUGCUUCAGUGGAAAGUUUGAAGAAGAUGAUUACCUGAAUGAAUGAACAUCAUACUAAGAAAAAUAAGCAAAUGGGUCAGAAGGAGAAUGCUGGAAUGAAGUCAAACCCUACCCCUAAAUCAGCUAGGAGCAUCAAGAACGUAAACCUUAAUGACAAUUUGCCAAAAAUUAAUAGAAAAAGAAAGAUGAAGGCUCUCAUGAGUGGAAAUCCAAAGAAAAUCUCUGAAUAUUUGAGGGAAGAAAAGAGAAUAAAACAAAAGAGACAGACUGAAGAAAAUAAAGAGGAGGAAAAGACUGUUUCUUUAGGAAAAGAUGAAAUAGAUCCUGAAAAAUGAUACAUCUGCAGACUCCCAGAAGAACUCUUAUGAAUAAUCAUCGAUUUUGGAACUAAAUUUGAGCUGGAUGAGAUGAAGAAAGUGAAUAGAUACUUUAAUGACCUUAUUUCGAUGAGAAGGAAAUCAGUUACUUUCUCUAAACAAGGGAUUCCUUUUGAGAUAUUUAAAAUGUAUAUGACCAAGUCUCCACAACUAGAGAGUAUUCAGUUUAAAUGCACAAAUGUCAUAAAAUCUAAUGAUAUCUUUGCAAUUGAAGCCCUUAAUUUAGUCAGCUUGAAAACGUUGGAUGUCACUACAUUGACAGGACUAACUGAGAGAGCUUUGAUGAGGUUUGUUAGAAGAUGCAAAAAUUUAGAAUCCCUCAGUAUCUAUGCAGCUAUGAACAUUGAUGCCGACUUCUAUUAUUGUCUCAGAGGUUGUAUGAAAUUAACAGGCUUUAGUAUCAACUCUUCUAAGAAUUUGCCUUUUACAGACUUACAGAAAUUACAUAAAAAUUUAGAUAUUUUCGCAAAGCAUUUGCCACAUCUUAAACUAAAAUCCCUCUCUUUGUAUGAGCUCAAUGAUGCAGUGACCACCGCAUAUGCUGACUGAUCUGAGAUAGCUGAGCUCUUAGAAAAUCUCAGUUUCUGGACUGUAAGCCAGAAGCAAGGAAUAGACUUACUCAAAGACCUAGUAUUUUUCACUUCACUCAAGAAACUAGCUAUUUGUUAUAAUCUAAUAGACUGUGAUCAAAUUCUAAUCGAUGAAUUCAACAAGGAGGUCAUCAGAGACUUCAUCACGGAUGCAUGCAUUAAUCUCAACACAUUAGUGAUCGGUGGUUUGCUUGACAACCAUGGUGCAGAGAUUCUUUCUGAAGCAAUGGAGAAGCGCAACACUAUUAAGACAUUAAAGCUACUGAACUGCAAGCUAUCUGACGAUGGGUUGGUUAAGAUCCUCUCCAAGGGAGAAGCACUUGAGCAGAUCGAUAUUACCGGAUCGCUACUCUGCACAUCAGGUUAUGCUUUCAAAGUCGUUGGCUCUGAGUCAACCCAUAUGAGCACUGGAAGGCUUCCUUUUGCAGGAGCAGAGAAAUUUGUGACAAAUGAUGGGCCUCUAAGAAAUCUCAGAGAAAUUAAGAUGAGUGUCAUCAGGCAUGACAGAAUGCCUAUCAGAAACAUGCUGGUUGAGUUGUUUGGAAUAGGUAUCAAGCUUGGCCUCCAAAACGUUGGUUAAUUUCUACCAAAAUAUAAAUACCCAGGACCUCUUUUUAACUCUAUUUCAU